AAAGUUAACAGAAGCUGAUGUUGGUUCUGAGCAAAUUUAUAUAUAUGCCAAAUUAUUAGAAGUUACUCAAACUUCUAAUGAAAUUCAAAAAAGACAACUUAAACAGCAAUUACCCAAUUUACCUAAAACCUUUAAACACUUUUCCUUAGAAGAAGGACUUAGAAGAAUUCAAAAUAUCAAUACUACUAAAAUCUCUACUAUACAAGAUCUUGCAGAUGUAAUUAUGAUGUUGAGUAUGAGACCUGCUGAAGUUGCCACUCUUUCUAAAAAAUUAAGAAAAAUUGGAGAUAAACAUGCUUCUACAGUUCAUGAUCAUUAUAAUUCUGGAAUAUAUUAUGUCAAGGGUAAUACUUCUAAUUUUGACCUUAACUUAGAUUCAGAACCUGAAUCUGAAGUCUUAGUUCCUACAUCCAAGGCAAUUAAUGAGAAUACUUCUAAAAUUGAAAAUAUCUAUAACUUAUAUAGAACAAAUUCUUUAGUUAUAGUUGACCAGUUAGUGUCUGAAUCAAUAAUAUGUUUAGUUGUUUCUAAUGGAACUUCUGCUCUUGCAGAAAUGUUAGAUGAUAACUUUGGAUUUGAUUCUCAAAUGGCUGUAUCACCAUUAUUAGGUCAGAAAAAUCUUCCAUUUUAUGAAAAUAGAACAUAA